AUGCAACCAUAUCAAGGGGCAAAACAAGACGGCGCUGUCGGUUUCCUGAAGAGCCUCGGGAGAGGCUUGGGCGGUGUGAUCUUCAAACCUGCACCAGGUGCAUACGGUAUCCCUGGUUGUGUGUUCAUGGGCAUUUACGAGGAGAUGCAGGAGGCCUUGAUCGUGGUGGCUUGUCUUGCUCGGGGAGGAGAUGGAGUGAUGCUGCUCGGCGAGGAAACGGUGCAGGAGAUGACGCGAAAUUGGCAGUCGGUGUGA